ACAUAGUCAUAGUUCAAUCAGAUAACCUGCAAAGCCAGUUUGACGUUAACACACUGAGAAUUACUGUACAGGAUGACAGUGGGUAGGGCGUGCUCAUUAGCCGUGACCUGUUGGAUCCCACUCACCGCUCCACUCGCAAACCUUCCAAGGGACAGUUUCUGGUGACACAUUGUUGUGUGCGAGGGCCGAGGGGUGGCCCUGGGAGAUGUGAGGACUCAGCAGCUUGCAGAAUGAGGCCUGCAGGAGCGAAUCUAGGCUCAUAGUGUCUCAGUCUCACACACUUCUCUCUAGCUGAAUUCCCCUUCAAAACCCCUUUUCAAUGAAGUUGUUUAUGCAAAUCUAACAUAUGCAAAUGCCACUUACCAAGAACUUCCCCAAUUUGUGUGUGAAAUCAAUGUAACCUACUACUCUGAGCCCUCCUCAGUAUGUGACUGUGUUCUAGUGCACAAGGAAUGCAUCAGAGAGAACUUGUUCUCUAGCUGGAGGCUUUGAGGAGCCUGCUAAGCUAGGGUGGGUCACAGUCCCCUAUGUUGACACCCAGGGAGGGCGACCCACGAGUGCUCAGUGAGCCUGUCAUCUCCAACCAGCACGACUCGGAGGAGAUCGUCACCUACAUCUCAGAGAGCAUGACGGUGACCUCGGCUGACGAGGAGAAGCUGCUGCUGCUCAACAAGAACACGGAGCUGCGGCGCAUCAACAAGGAGCUCAUGAAGCUAAAUCAGGAGUGGGACCAAAUUUACCAUACCACUACCCUGGGGCUGCAGCAGAAGAUGGGGGCCCUGCAGCAGGAGGUGGUUAUCCUCAAGCAGCAGACGGAGAGGCUCUCCAUGAAGCUUGAGCACGAACAGAACAAGAGGGAGUACUACGAACAAACCCUCAUCCAGGAGCUCAAGAAGAACCAGCAUUUACAGGAGUACGUGAGGCAGCUAGAAGGCAGACAGCACCACGGCAGGGAGAAGAGGACCUCGGCUGGCUCUGAGGUAUUGGCAUCUGUGCCCUGGGAGGAAUUUGUAGAUGCCCAGUUCCCACUUCCCAGGAAGAACUUGAAGGAGAAUUCACCCAAAAAGCACGAAGAAGCCAGUCAGAAAGUGCAAGGGGGUGAGACCUACAAGCCCAGGAAGUGCAAGCACUUGGCCCAGGUGAAUAAUAGCUCGGAUCCUGGGAAAGAGGUGACUGACCUGAAGGACCAGCUGGAGGCCUUGAAAUGCCAGACAGAAAUUUAUGAGGCGGAUUACAGGACGGAACAUAAGGACCGGGAGCGAAUCAAAGCAGAGAAUGAGAAGCUACGGAAGAAGGAGGAGGAGAUGAGGCAGCAGAUGGCACUUCUACAAGAGCAACUUAAGAUCUUUGAGGAUGACUUCAGGAAGGAGCGGUCGGACAAGCAGCUGCUUCAGCGCCUCCUGAAGAGCAAGGCCAGCCCCAAGGAGCCCAUCCUUGUUCAUCGCUGCAACAGCCAGGAGAGGCCAGUGGUACCUGCCUCACCUGCGCACUCCACUUCCUCCACAUCCAAGCGAGGCAACUGCAGCAAGCACUGUGAGAAGCACAGCCACAAGCAGGGGGAGUGUGCCAAGCACCACUCGCGGGAUGCUGAGGUGCAGGCAUCCCCAUUCAGCAGAGACUACUAGGAAGAAGAGACAUACAUCUUCCAGGCAGUACUUCUUAAGCUAACGUACAUGGUCUCUCCAGCAGCCAUUUGCUGCUGGGUGCAUGUCUCCAGCCACAGGAACCAGCACUGCUCUUCUGCAGAGGCCAUCAGGAGAUGCUUUCAACACCAUAGAUGCUUUCAGCAGCCACGCCUUCCAUUGGUUAUAGCUCAGACCAAUCAGGGCUUGAGGUUUCGGCAGCCCCGUAGAGCAGAAGCCCAAGUUAAUUUACUUGCUUCCUCCCUAUUUUUCUCCAAGCUACUGAAAUAAGAAUGGAAGGUUUGUACCUGGAUUGGAGCUCAUCUCUUAGAGCCAUCCAAGCAGCUUCACCUUGCUCCCGGGCAUCACCUGCUUAAAUCCACCUUGCAAGUAAUUCUGGGGCAGGGAAAGCAGCACCUGUGUUGCCCCCCACAUCAAGAAGAGUGUUGAGAACAAAAGGCCCUUGGACACUGUGGGAGUGAUUUUAGUGUCUGAAAAGGGCUCACCCCACCCCAUCCCACCUUGAGUCCUUAACUGUAAGUCAUCCUAUAUUCUAGCAGUGCCUCCCAGUGCAGCUGCUGCUCCAGCAAAGAGUUUCUCAGUGCUUUAUUCAGUUUCUCACGGGAUUUCAGCAGCUCCCCACUGCAGCCUUAAACUCAGCCAGCAAGGACUGGGGACAACUGUUACCUUUAUUUAUUUUAACCAAUCUCCUGGAUCCCAUAGAGUUGGUACUUUAUAUAAGUGAUUUAAAAUAAAUACAAAUGCCUUCA